UCCUCAGAGGUGUGGACCCAGUAGGGUGUCCAACCAAUGGGCUCCUGGCCGAGUAGGGGGAGCUUUCGGUGAACGACUCCUCCCUUUUAGGAUUAGCGUUAGGAAGGCCUGGACGAAAGAGAUUGGGCGGUCUUCCUUCCCCGCCUGAGGCGAGGCGGGACAGUUGUUGCAGAGGUGAGGUCUAGUAAAUGGUGAAGUACUUCCUGGCCUGGGAGCAUCUGGGGUCGUGGGAUUUGGUGGCGUGGGGUCGGAGAAGAGCCCGACCCGCGGGGAAACCCAGCCUCGCCAACGGAGCGGGCCCAGCGCAGCCUUCAGGUCUGGCGGGCGGAAUAAAGCAGUGGAGCCAGUGGAGCCGAGGCACGGCCUUGGGUGGCCCCCUGACAGCUCCUUUGGCCUGAGACCUGGGAACGCGGCGGAACCCUCGGCCGAGUGGACCCCAGCCCUUGCAACCUCCUUUUUUCUUUUACCCACCUGCGGUCCCAGGCUGUAGAAGGGACCGCGGGCAUUUUGAGUUCUCAACCCCCAUUUCAGUUUCUGUCUCCGAGUGCACACCUUAAAUGUGAGGUGACUCCUAAGCAGCUGGGAACCAGAGGCUGUAAAAGGGACUGCAGAAAAAUGGACUGCAGUAUAAAAUCCAGAAGCAGAAUAUGAAGGUUUAACCACUGACCCAUUUCACAGGUACUAUAUAGCACAUUUUAUUUGCCAUUCUCUUUUUGAUGGACAUUGGUUGUUCCCAGUUUUUCACCUUAUAGACAAUGCUGCAGGGAAAUCCUGAAUGUUUCAUGCAUCCAUGGACCAAAAGAUGGAGUUGGUUUUUGUUUUUAAAAAGAUAUUGUCAAUGAUCUGAUAUGACUAUAAAUACUUGCUUGAUGAAAUUGCAUGGACUUGUCAUCAGGUUGGACUAGCGGUCAUUUUUCAAAGUUUCUUCAACCGCAGUUACAUUUGAAAAUUCAAGUAUCCAAGAACAUUGGGCUUAGAAUGCCAUAAUGAUGUGUUUUCUCUGAGAACUACAAAUUUCAUAGAUACCACAGUUGGAUUCCAGUUAUAUUCUCCUAUCAAAGUGAUUUCAGUCCAUUGAUAAAGUUAAUUUUGAAGACUUUUGUUUAUAAACAACAUCAAAAGAUGGGAGAAAAAAAUGGUGAUGCAAAAACUUUCUGGAUGGAGCUGGAAGAUGAUGGAAAAGUGGAUUCCAUCUUUGAACAAGUGCAAAAUGUGUUACAAUCACUGAAACAAAAGAUUAAAGAUGGGUCUGCCACAAAUAAAGAAUACAUCCAAGCAAUGAUUCUAGUGAAUGAAGCAACCAUAAGUAACAAUUCAACAUUGAUAAAGGAUCAUACAUCGGUGAUCCAGAAUGAACAGGAAAACAAAUCAGGUUCAUUGCCUUCUACAUCAUAUGAAGACUCCUUUCCAGAAGACUGUACAUUUCUAUCUACAAAAAAGAAGGAAAUUCCUCCUUUGGAAAAUAAAGUUGCAUACAUUACAGAAAAGAAAUCAUCUUUGAAUUUACGUUACCAAAGUCAUGACUGCUCUAGAACUUGUCUGAUGAAAAUGCCACUAACCUUCAAGGGAGAAAACCCGCUGCAGCUACCUAUCAAAUGCCACUUCCAAAGACGACACGCAAAGACAAACUCUCAUUCUUCAGCACUCCACGUGAGUUAUAGAACCCCUUGUGGAAGGAGUCUACGAAACGUGGAGGAAGUUUUUCGUUACCUGCUUGAGACAGAAUGUAACUUUUUAUUUACAGAUAACUUUUCUUUCAAUACCUAUGUUCAGUUGACUCGGAAUUACCCAAAACAAGAAGAAAUUGUUUCUGAUGUGGAUAUUAGCAAUGGAGUGGAAUCGGUACCCAUUUCUUUCUGUAAUGAAAUUGACAAUAGAAAGCUUCCACAGUUUAAGUACAGAAGGACUAUGUGGCCACGAGCAUAUUAUCUAAACAGCUUUUCCAACAUGUUUACUGAUUCAUGUGACUGUUCUGAGGGCUGCAUAGACAUAACAAAAUGUGCAUGUCUUCAGUUGACAGCAAGGAAUGCCAAGACUUGCCCCUUGUCGAGUAAUAAAAUAACCACUGGAUAUAAAUAUAAAAGACUACAGAGACAAAUACCUACUGGCAUUUAUGAAUGCAGCCUGUUGUGCAAGUGUAAUCGACAAAUGUGUCAAAACCGAGUUGUGCAGCAUGGACCUCAAGUGAGGCUACAGGUGUUCAAAACUGAAAAGAAGGGAUGGGGAGUACGCUGCCUAGAUGACAUUGACAGAGGGACAUUUGUUUGCAUUUAUUCAGGAAGAUUACUAAGCAGAUCUAACACUGGGAAACCUGAUCCUACUGAUGAAAAUGGAAAGGAAGAGAAUAUUAUGAAAAAUAUGUUUUCAAAAAAGAGGAAAAUAGAAGUUGCAGAUUGUGAGGUAGAAGUUAUCCCAUUAGACCUGGAAACACAUAGAAGUGCUGAGACUGAGGAGUGUCCACCUACAUCCCGUAAUAAUUUAAAAGAACCUGUUACAGAAAUGAAAUGUAACAAUAUUUCAAGAAUUCAGUAUCAUUCAGUCAUUAGAAGUCCUAAAGCCAAGACAGCCAUUAUUCAACGCAAUGGGAAAAAAAUGGGAUUUACUUCCUCAGAGUCUGUCACCUCAGAAGAUAAUGAUGGAUUUAAACCGACCCAAGUACAUCUGAACUCCAAAGCCAAGGAGAUGAAAAGCCUAGAAUACUCCCUAAACACCCACUGUUACAGGUGUUUAGAAUAUAUGGAAACGGAGAUUCUAGAGUUGAAGAGAGAGGAUUCAAGCUCUUACCAAGUUCAAGACACUGAAAACAGUCUGCUGAUUGAAUCAGAUGUGAUAGAUAUAACCAAAUGUAGAGAAGAAAUACCAUCAGGGGGAAGAUGUAACCAAGCAACCCCACUGGAUAAACAGAAUAUUAUAAAGGAAUUCAAGUCUCAAAUACAAAAGCCCCAAGGGGAAAGAUCUCCAGCAUUUCAAAACCAGCAGGUCUUUUGUGAUAAAGAGUUCCCAAGCGAAACCAAGAACACUUCACCUGAUUCUCUAAAGAAGUUCAAUAAAGGGAAUGUGUUUUUAUUGGAUGCCACAAAAGAAGGAAAUGUGGGCCGCUUCCUUAAUCAUAGUUGUUGCCCAAAUCUUUUGGUACAGAAUGUUUUUGUAGAAACACGUGACAGGAAUUUUCCAUUGGUGGCAUUCUUCACCAACAGGUAUGUGAAAGCAAGAACAGAACUCACAUGGGAUUAUGGGUAUGAAGCUGGGACUGUGCCUGAGAAAGAAAUCCUCUGCCAGUGUGGGGUUAAUAAAUGUAGAAAGAAAAUAUUAUAAAUUUGUAGCUAAUGCCUAUUGAAGAAAUUAGCUUAUCACGUGCAAUUAGAGCCAUGCAAGAAACUUUCAGUCAUCAGUGGAAUUAACCUAGGUUGUGAUCCAUCAAGAGAAUUCCUCUUGGUUUACCCUUGUCAAGGAAUUCAUUUGUGUGGCUUAAAAUGCUAGAAACAAAAUAAGGACAUUUUCAUACACAUAGGCUAUCUCUUUAUUCUUUCUGCUGUUCAACUUUACAUGAGUGGGAUGGAAGUGUAUAUUUUAUAUGAAAUACCAUUAUACAGUUUGUAACUUAUUUGUAAAUUAUAUAUUAGGAGAAACAAAUGUCACAAUAGAAUUCAGUUGAUCGUAUUUACUUUUGUGAUUAUUAUCUUUGAGUUUAUGCCCCCAAAAGGCCAAAUUUCACAUCGUUACUUACAAAAUUUGUUUAAUUCUUGGCAAAUAAUUUAUCAUUAUAAGCCAUAAGGUGGGCAACAGAGCCUGAGGAAUAUGUAAGAAUUAACUUUAUACAUAUCACUUCUAAUAUUUUAACACUAGUUGGAGAAGCUCGGUCUGGCUCCUUGCAACUCUGCCCCUUCAAACCAUUUGAGUGCUAAGAUGGAGAAGCUCUCCUAUGGGGAACGUUUUGGCAAACUUUGAGAGGAAACUUCUUUUCCAUAGGUUCUCUUUACUUCUCCAGUACAAACACAGACAAGAAACAAAGGGAAUAGAAACCUGGAGGAAUUGGAAUAUUUUUGUUCUAAGUAGAGGAGAGCCAUAAGAAAAACAAAACUUAGAAACUAGCGAAGCUUAGAAAACUAGUGUCUUAAGCCAGAAGGGAGUGUGCUGGGCAAGAAUUUCACUUAAAAAAAAAACCAACAGCAACAACAAAACAAGGCAGUUCUACUCAAUUGUAAAGUCUGGAACAGCUGCUUGAAUUCUCCUGUGUAUGAUGUGCAAAUUGUUGAGAAAAAGGGAGUUACUCUGCUAUGGGUUACCCAGCCCUUAUCAUGGAGCAGAAAGAGGACUGGGAAUCUCCAAGAGUCAAAACUAAUUUUACGCAUAAUAAAGAUGUACAUUUGACUGCCAGGAGCUUCUCCCUUGGAACCAGAACAGGAAUACCAGCUCAAAAAGUAGUAAUUAAAAGUAGUUCUGGCUUUUGA